AUGUCUUCCUCCACCCAACUCCUAUUGCACUCCGAGCGUGGCGGGUCCGGAAGUAAUAUCACGUAUCCUCAUCGCGUUGGGGGGAGUCUUGCCUCGGAGCUCAACACGCUUUGCCAGCUGCGCGACUUCUAUGAGCAGCACACCUUCGAUGCACAAGGACCGUACGCAGACUUGUUUGAAGUUCUCCUGUCAUCAUGCAAACACAUGAUCGACAUCAACGUGGAGCUCGUCCACCACAUUAAGGCUCAGGAGGACAAGCAGCAGCGGCAACAGGUCUUCUGCGAUUUCCUCUGUGGUGAAGUGGAGCAGCAACGUGCUGAGAUCAAAGACCUUCGCGUUUCCCUGGCGCAUGUGUCUGCGCGCGGAGCAAGUGGAGAAGCUGUUGCCAAGGACAAAGAUGAUAGUGCUCGGCUCGUCAGCGACUCAGCAGCCUCGCCACAUGCCUUUCCAAGAAGCGAAGCAACGACAAAGACGUGUGCACAACGUGUUUCCAAAAAAAACUCUGCGGCGUUAGGGACACCGCAGCCUAGUACAGGUGCUGCUCCUCCUCCGUCGGCUGCACCCGGCCCUGAGCGAUCACCGCCGUCUACCGCAUCACCUUCAGUUGUCGAGCGCAGUGCACUAGAGUGCGCCACAACAACGCUCGCCCUCAAGGAAGCUCCAACGAAGCCAAGCAGUCCUCUAACUCAUUCCUCAGCCACCGAGAAGGCCCCUGGGGAAGCAUGGGCAGCAGAGAUAGUGCGCCGCAUGAGCGCCAUGCAGGACCACCUGGAUACCCUACUUGUGGAUGGGCGUCUGUCUUCUACGCAACCAAAUGGCCAACAGCAGCAGCAGCCGUCAUCCACAGCCCUGUUUGCUCCCUCAGAAACGAGGAAGCAACCCGCCGAGGAAGCCGCCGACAGCCAUCUUGAGCACUUGGGGCGUCACCUUCCUGCUGUGGAGCAGCGCAGGCAUAAGCAACAGCGCCCGCUGCGACGGAUGUGGGAGGAGGGCGACGUUGGCAGCAGUAGUCCAUCAUUAUCACCAGCAUCCACCUUAGGAGCGGCCGCCGAGAGUUCACUUCCUAAUCAAUAUGCAGCUACAGCGACUCACGCUCGGCCAAGUCCCCAGGAGUCCAGUCAACGCCAAGGAACCUCUCUCACCUCGCCCGCGAGCACUCGGGGGCCACCGCUGGUACUUGUGCGUUGGAUCGACAGUCGGCUCCGUCAAUGGGAAGCGGAAUGGCAAAGAGUGCUUGAAGAGGUGCAGAACACGCUUAUACAUGAUCCCGAAGUCGGCGCACAGGCGUUGGGUUUGACUUCACAUGCAGCAGCCCAACAGGAGGCUCAUGUGAGUCUGAGGACUGCCCAGGAAAGCGACUCCGAGAGCAACGGACUCACUGAAGCGGUCAUGACUCCACGCUGCCGUGGUGACUUUGUGUGUGCCAUUCGAACUCUUCUGUCGCUCCAAAACACGGAUCUGUGCAACCGUGUCGUCGCCGAAUCCACCCGACAAGCUCAGCACAUUGAGGAAGCGCUGUAUGAUAUGCGCGCCAGGCUGGAAGCACUGGAGGUGUACGCGCCGCAUCUCUACUCCGUCACUGCGCGUCCGCCGUUGCUUGGAGUAGAGCUGGAAGAUGUGCUCGAUCCGCGCAUCGGAGUGCGGUUGCGCUCCGUGUAUCAUGGCUACCUCGCCGACCGCGCUGGGCUCAGUGUGGGUGAUGUCCUCCUUGGUGUCGGUCACCAAUCCAUCCAGACACGCGCACAACUGUACGCUGUGCUGAGGGAGCUAACUCGCGACUACAAUGCCCAAUGCCAGCUACAGAUCGAGGCGGGCUUCAUGCGGAGCUUUGCGCUCGGUGAUGAGUGCUGCGCCAGUGACAGACACUGCAUGCAAUCCGCUUCCCAUUAUCGCGAAGAAACGAUGGAAAGAAAAGUUGAUGACUACGGACUUGAUCAAGAACUUCAACGUGCCCGCUCGGAAGCAGCAGCAGCGGCGGCUGGAGGGACCCGCGCCGGUGGCGCACGCCCUUCAGCGGGAGUGAUUUCUAGGCACACGUCGCCUAAAGGCAGUUCAACAGGUGCAGACUCGCAUGCCGCUGCCUCGCCCUUCCUAUCCACAUCCCUUAGUGUCACCCAGCAUAGGGAGAAGCUAGCCCAACAUCUGCCCUACUUUGAACUCUGCCUUCACGUUGUGCGUGACGGUCGAUUGCGUGACGUGACACUACUGAUUCCGCCAUUGGAAGCUCUACGAUCGGCGGCGUACUGA